AUGGCUCGAAACAAGAUCGAAGAUAUACGGGAUGAAUAUACUAUAAGAAUCGAUGAAAAGGGUAAAGAACGUUACAAAUGUAAAGCAUGCAAGAAGGAAUGGGCUAAAAAUAUAACUCGGUUGCAAGAACAUAUUAAUACAUGUGCUUUGCGCAAUUUGAAUGAAACUUCAAAUAAUAAUAAAAGACAAAAAGUAUCGAAUCUUACCUCACAAGAACAAAUUGAAUUGGAAUCUUUGCUUGCACGUGCCUUUUAUACAUCAGGAGUUUCAUUUAAUGUAAUCGAAAAUAUAGAUUUUCAAGCCUUUCUUAAAAAGGCUUGCCCUUCUUUUAAUAUUCCAUCUCGUCAUACUCUUUCCAAUUCACUUCUUGAUAAAGAAUAUAUGAAUCUACAAGUAGUUGUCCAAAAUACCCUUGAUGAAACACCUUAUCAUUGUUUGAUUGCUCUUGUUUUAACUGUUGAUACGAGGUGGACAUCAACUUUUGAGUGUCUUGAUCAUGUUUUACAAACACAAGCUGCAAUUUAUGCUAUAUUAACUGAAGAUGGUAUUGAAUUAGAUGAAAAUAUCAAAGCAAUUAUUGUGGAUUAUACGGUUUGGGCAGAUAUUAAAAAACUUCGUAAUUUCCUAGAACCAUUUAUUAUCUUUAUACGUCAAUUAGAGAGUGAUGAACCAUAUCUCUCUUCUGCAUAUAAAAUAUUGCAAGAUUUAAAAAAAAAAAUUAUAAAUAAUGUACAAAUUCCAGUAGAACUUCGCGAUAAUACAUUACAGGCAGCUAGAAAUCGAUGGGUUAAUUUUCUAUACAAUCCGGCAAUUAUAGUUGCAUAUAUGCUUGAUCCUAGGUAUCGUGGUGAAGAUCUUGAUCUCCAAAUAUGGGCAGAUAUAAUAAAUAAUGAAGUGAUUCGAAUUGCAGGAGUUGAUAAUGAAAAUCAAGUAUUAGACGAGUUAGCAGAAUAUAUUGGAAAAUCGGGUGGUUUCGCAAGAAAAAUGCUUACUCAAAAAGCAGAUAAGCUUGUCUAUAUUUAUUGGAAUACACGAAUUCUCCGUCGGUUGGGAAGAUCUGUAUUAAUUAACAAUUCACAAGAAAUAUCUGUUAAUUCAGAUAAUCAAGAACUUGAUAUUAAUGUAGAUGAUGACAAAAAUGAAGAGCUUAAUGGAAACUUUACCGAUUUUUCUAAUUGGCUUCUUAAUACAUUCGACAACUGUGAGCAUGAAUUCGAUAAUUAUUCUGAGUGA